UUCAGCUGCCGCUCCCGGCCCCCCUGCUCUCGGAUCCGCCGCUCCCGCCGUCAUGUCCGUGCCUCGGCUCUCGCAGCCGGCCUUGCCUGCCGCGCUGCUCUUGUUCCUGCUGCUCUCCCUCGGCACUCGCGCCUCUGACGUGGUGGAGCUCACCGAUGCCGAUUUCGAGAGUGGCCUGGCCGAGCGCCCGGGGCUGGUGCUCGUGGAGUUCUUCGCCCCCUGGUGCGGACACUGCAAGCGGCUGGCGCCGGAAUACGAGUCGGCCGCCACCCGGCUGAAGGGGAUCGUGCCUCUCGUGAAGGUUGACUGUACAGCAAACUCCAACACCUGUAACAAGUAUGGAGUCAGUGGAUAUCCCACAUUAAAGAUUUUUCGAGAUGGAGAAGAGGCAGGGACCUAUGAUGGGCCCAGAACAGCAGAUGGGAUUGUCAGCCAUCUCAAGAAACAGGCGGGACCUGCUUCGGUGGCUCUCAGUUCUGUGGCUGAGUUUGAGAAGUUCAUUGGUGAUAAAGAUGCUUCUGUUGUGGGCUUCUUUGAUGAUACAUCGGGGGAUGCUUAUUCAGAGUUCAUGAAAGCAGCCAACAGCCUCAGGGAUAACUACCGCUUUGCACACACCACCGAGGAGCAGCUGGUGCAGAAGUACAGGGAAGAUGGAGAAGGUGUAGUCUUAUUCCGUCCUCCACGCCUGACCAACAAGUUUGAGGAGAGCUCUAUCAAGUAUCCAGAAGACAAAAUCACCAGUGGAAAGAUCAAGAAAUUCAUCCAGGAGAACAUCUUUGGCAUCUGCCCACACAUGACUGAAGACAACAAAGACUUGAUCCAGGGCAAGGACUUGCUGGUGGCCUACUAUGAUGUUGACUAUGAGAAGAAUGCGAAAGGAUCCAACUACUGGCGCAACAGAGUUAUGAUGAUUGCAAAGAAGUUCUUGGAUGCUGGCCACAAACUGUCUUAUGCUGUUGCUAGUCGGAAAACGUUUGGCCAUGAACUUUCUGAGUUUGGUCUGGACAGCAGUGUGGGUGAGGCCCCCGUUGUUGCCAUCAGAACUGCCAAAGGAGAUAAAUAUGUCAUGCAAGAAGAGUUCUCCCGUGAUGGAAAGGCUCUGGAGAGAUUCCUGCAAGAUUACUUUGAUGGAAACUUGAAAAAAUACCUGAAAUCAGAGCCUGUCCCUGAAAGCAACGAUGGCCCUGUAAAGGUGGUGGUGGCUGAGAACUUUGAUGAAAUAGUUAAUGCUCACGACAAAGAUGUUCUGAUAGAGUUUUAUGCACCCUGGUGCGGCCACUGCAAGAAUCUGGAGCCGAAAUACAAAGAAUUGGGGGAGAAGCUCAGCAAAGAUCCCAAUAUCGUCAUUGCCAAAAUGGAUGCUACAGCCAAUGAUGUGCCUUCUCCCUAUGAAGUCCGAGGUUUCCCCACCAUCUAUUUUGCUCCAGCUGGAAAGAAGCAGAGUCCAAAGAAGUAUGAGGGGGGCAGAGAAGUGAGUGACUUCAUCAGCUACCUAAAGCGGGAGGCAACCAACGCUCCCGUGCUGCAGGAGGAAGAGAAAUCCAAGAAAUCCAAGAAGAAGGUGAAGGAGGAUUUGUAAAGUACCUAUUUACCACCUUGUCAGGAUGAGCUCUGUGUGAAUUGGAGAAGCACUGGUCAGACUGGGGCCAGUCCUGGGCUGUGGAGAGCCAGUGGCCAUGUGGGCCGAGGGGCCCCCAGCUGCUGUAUCUAGUAAUGUUUCAUUUCCUGCCGUCUCUUAGCUGCACUGUUGUGGGGCGCCCCGGGUUUGUUUUGAGGUUUGGGAGGGGGUGGGGGUACAGUUAUUUUCUAAUUUUUUUUGUACAUUUGGAGAAGUGAAACAAUAAAAUGACCCCCUUAAGACUGA